AUGGAGGUGGCGCUGGGCAUAGUGGAUUGGGAGCUGAGCCGACUGCAGCGACAGUACAAAGUGAUGGAGGUGGAAAGGCGGGCCUACAGCAAGGAAGUCCACCAGCGCAUCAAUAAGCAACUGGAGGAGAUCCAGCGCCUGCAAGGCCUGCAGAACAAGCUUCAGGUGAAGAUCGGCAUUGCCCAGAGCCAGGGCAAGCGCCUGCGGGACAACGAGAGGAUGGAGAACAUGAGCCACCUGCUGAAGUGCCGGGCGCAGGUGGAGGCCGAGGUGAAGGAGCUGCAGGAGCAGACCAGAGCCCUGGACAGGCAGAUCCAGGAGUGGGAGGCCCGGCUCUCUGCCUGCGGUAAGGAUCCCAGGGCCCCAGGGGUCGUCAUGGACCAGAAGGCCAAGACCCGGAAAAGGAUCAAGAUCGUGGAAAGCCAGCUGGACAGGGUCACCUGUCACUUCGACAUCCAUCUGGUUCGGAACGCAGCCCUGCGGGAGGAGCUGGAUCUGCUGCUGGUGCAGAGGAACCACUAUCUGAACAUAGACCGAAAGCUGCACAAGGAGAUGCAUCUCCUGCGGCGCACAAUCAACGGGCUCACCGUGUCCUCCAUCUCCGCCUACUCCGUCAGGGAGGAGGCGAAGACCAAGAUGAGCUUGCUGCGGGAGCGGGCCGACAAGGAGGGCGCCCAGAACGAGACGGACGUGCAGAUCUUGCAGCGGCAGAUAGCGCACCUGGACCAUCUGCACCGCUUCCUCCAGUUCAAGAACCACGACCGGCAGCCGGAUCCCGUCGUCCUGGAGAAGCGCGAGAAACGCGCCCGGGAGGUGGCCGAGGGCCUCCGGAAGACCUCGCAGGAGAAGCUGGUGUUGCGGUACGAGGACACCCUGAAUAAACUGGCCCAGCUGACCGGGGAGAGCGACCCGGAGCUGCUGGUGAAGAAGUACCUGGAUACCGAGGAGCGCAACUUCGCGGAGUUCAACUUCAUCAACGAGCAGAACUCGGAGCUGGAGCGUCUUCGGGAGGAGAUCACCGAGAUGAAGGAGGCCAUGAAGAAGGCGCGCUAUGGCGACGCUGCCCGCCUGUCGCUGAAGGAGGAGCACGAGGCUUCGGUGCAGCAGCAGAUAGGAGAGGUGCGCAACGAGGCCGACAGCCUGGAGGCCCGCGCCCAGACGCUGAGGGAGCAGGUGGAGAACUUCAAGGCAGCCAUCCAACAGCUCUUCACCAAGGCCCAGUGCGACAGCACCAUCAUCAAGGACCUCCUGGGGGUCAAGACCUACAUGCGGGACCGCGACAUCAGCCUCUUCCUGGGCCUCAUCGAGAAGCGGCUGGUGGAGCUGCUGACGGUGCAGGCCUACCUGGACGCCCAGAGCUACACCACGUCCAGCUUGUCGGUCGCCGCCCUCACAGUGCUGGGCAAGGACGCCGAAGACCUCCCCAAGAAGGUGGCCCCGCCCCAGCUCCCUGACAACCUGGAAGAGCCCCCAGGCUUCGAGGCCAAAGAAGACUAUCCCUUGAGCAAGGAGGAGCUGCUGAGCUACGUGAUGAAGUCGAUGGAGGCCCGGGAGCUGGCGAGGGAGCAGCACAUGAAGGAGCUGAUGGAGAUGGCCAAGAAGAUGGACAGCGGCCAGCCCCUGAACCUCUCCGCGAGCCAGCGGCCCAGCUCCGGCACACCCCUGGCCAUCUCCGGGAGCCCGAGUGCCGGGCCCGGGUCCGUCCUGAGCCACAGGACCAACGGCAUCCUGGUGUCCAGCCGCGCCACCAGCGCCAACGUGGGCCACGUCACCUUCGGCGACCCCAGCACCAUGGGCUCCGCCAGCGGCAGCCAGUUCUCCGCGGGCGGCCGCGUGGCCUUCAGGCCGGUCAGCUCCAGCAGCUACCUGGGCUCCACCGGGUACCUGGAGUCCAGCGGCGGCUCCGAGAGCUUGGGCGGCCUGCCGAGCAAAGGCACCGAGUCCGAAUCCAGCCCUGGCCCUGCCUCCAGCACUGGCCCAGGCUCCAUGGAGAGCAAAGAGUCCUGAAGCCACAGCUGGGCGCCUACCCGCCCUCCCCGCUCUCUGCAGGCCAUCUCCCCUCGAGUGCUUCUGCCCCCGUAUCGCCCCCCCAUUGUCCCUGUGGCUCCAUCUUCUCCCGGCCCCAGCCUCUGCCCCCACAGCGUCCCCACUUCCCCUUCCUGUGUCCCUGUGUCCCGUCCCAUCGGCUCUUCCUCAUCUCCUCUCUGUCUCCUGGCCUCUCUCUGUUCCCGCCCUCUUUCCCUUUCUGUCACCCAGUCUCCUGUUGUCAAAGUUUCCCUGCUCACUGUGUGUCUGUCUUGUCUCGCAUCUGUCUCCCCGUCUCUGCCGACUUCCCUGGUUCUCCUCCCACCUCCCGUUUCUGCUUCCCCAUUUCUAGUUCCUUCUCCUCGUCUCCAUCCCCCUGGCUCUCCCGGCCGAGGUCCCUGUCUCAGUGGCUCCUCAUUCCUUGCCCUCCCCGUGAGCCCCCAGCACUGACCCCGAGGAAAGAAUUGGUGCCGAAAGUUCAGGGUCAGCAUGAGCUGCGACCACAGGAAAUAAAGGGCAGAGCCCAACUGUACCCCA